AUGGGGUCUUGCAAAGCAGCAGAUUACAUAAGACAAACUGAUGAAGAAAUAGAAAGUUUAUUCAAGAAGGUGUUUGCUAGUAAUGAUGCAGAAAUUUUCAAUAAUGACCUUAAAUGUGUCGACCAUCCCCCAUUUGAGGCUGUUGAGAAUUACGAUAAUGUUUCAAGUCAGCCUUUACUAAGCAAAGCCAACAGGGACGCUCAAAUUUCAGACUUCAAGGGAGUAAAACCUUUAGAAUCGCUUUCUGGCUUCUCUCAAACAGAAGAGGUUGUUAACCUUGUUGAAGAAACAGCAACAAUUUUCUAUGAUAUGGGGAUACAUUCAUCUUACAAUAGGGAGCGUAUUAUUUCUCGUGGGGAACAUAGGGUAACUGAACGUAUUGCAAAUGAUUUGUCUCGUCUCGACUAUACUAAAAGUACGAGUCAAGAAAGUUACGAUAUCAGUACAGAAACUAUUAUCAUUCAUAAUUUAACAGAGGCUUUUGAUCAGGAGUCCCAAGAAGCCUCUAAUUUGUUUGAAGGUAGGAAACAAAAGGGAGACAUUAAAUAUUUUUGUGAUAAUGCCGUACAAGAAAAGUCGAAAUGUAACACUUGUAUUAGUAGAAAAUAUGCAAGCUCACAUGGACAACAACAAUCUAGUAGUCCCGUUACUAUAUUGACAAUAAUUCCCUAUUAUCGAAGCGGCGAAAGGGAAGAAUUGUUGGCAACUGGCAAGCAAAAUUCUAUUUCACUGAUAUCCACACCAUCUGCGCCAUUAUUGAAAGUAAGCCAAGGUUUAAAAUUUUCUGAAGCAUCCCCAGUACAAAAUAGGAGUUACAUUGAGCCCUUGAGUAAUGAUCAGUGCCUUAAAGAUUCAAAGAGUCAGAAACAUGGGAUACGAUCUCACCUUUCUUUCAUAAAUUCAGGCAGAAAAAGCCAUUUAUUUAGUAGAAAGCGUAAGCUUAAGAUAUAA